GUGUGUGUGUGUGGCACAGAAGAAAAAGCCGCAAACACGCUGAUGUAGAGUUAUCUGCCCGGGGGAGAUGUUCUCAUGGAGCUGGUCACACCGACAGCGUCUCGUUUGCGUUUGACUUCACCAUGCACUUUAGGACUUCAAUAAGAUGCGUGUGUGUGGUCAGAUAAUCAUUUUGCUUCUCGCCUGCAACUUCUGCGCUUUCGUUUAUACUCAGGACCCCUCCUGCUGCCAUCAUGCCGCGGAGCUACCCCAGUGUAAAGACGCAUGCGAUCAGCUUGCAACUAUUAGAAGUGAAUCCCGUCUGAAGCACCUUCUCCAGCGUUUACCAAGUUACUGUCCCGAGUCAAUGAAUGAGCUUUGGAUCUGCAUUAACUCGACAUUACCAGGGGCGUCAAGGAAAUCAGAUGGAUGGGUCGGCCUUGGCUGCUGUGAGCUGGCCAUCUCGGUGGAGUGCCGCAGGGAAUGCAAGCAGGCGUCAUCUAAAAAUGAUAUCACAAAAGUAUGCAGAAAAGACACAGAGAAACCACUCUACAGCUGUAUCACCAAAAAUGAAAUGGGUUCAGUGUGCUGCAGCUAUGCAGGGAGACACACUCACUGCCGGGAAUACUGCCAGGCCAUCUUCCGCACAGACUCUUCACCCACUGUGUCUCAGAUCAACACUGUCAAGGAGUACUGCCAGAGCAUCAGCCCUCAGCUCAUCAGCUGCGUGGCCAACUACACCAAAUCCUAUCCCACCAGGAGUCCCAUCGAUAGCCUGUACUGUUGUGACCGGGCGGAGGAGGCACACUGCCAGACGGCGUGUAAACGGAUCCUGCGCACCAUGAACACCGAGCACGAGAUCAUGGAGGGCCUGAUUGCAGAGUGCGGAAGCCAGCCCCUCCCCCAGGACCCACUGUGGCAGUGCUUUCUGGGUAGCGCUCACCCUCCGGCCAAAAGUGACCCCGAAGCCUCCCCAACAGCCAAGAUGGACUGCGCCAAGCUCCACUGCUGCUCCAAAGCGAAUACCUCACAGUGCAGAGUUAUGUGCCAGGAGUUCAGCACCAACUGGGGAACUCAGACGUGGCAGGAGUUUGAUCAGGUCUGUGAGUACAGCCCUGUGGAGACAGAUCUCAUCACCUGCCUGGCAGAUGUGAGGGAACCAUGCCAGCUAGGCUGCAAAGAUCUCACCUACUGUACCAACUUUAACAACAGGCCAACUGAGCUUUUCCGGAGCUGCAACAUCCAAUCUGACCAGGGCGCCAUGAACGACAUCAAACUUUGGUCUAACGGAACCAUAAAGAUGCCUCUGAUGAACAUCCCAGUUCUGGACAUUAGAAAGUGCCGGCCAGAAAUGUGGAAGGCUGUGGCCUGCGCGCUCCAAAUCAAACCCUGUUACAGCAAAUCAAGAAGCAGCGUCAUCUGCAAGUCGGACUGCGUGGACAUCCUGACCCACUGCGGCGACUUCUCACGCUUUCUAGAUGGCCAAACCCCCGAGCGGAUCUGUGACCUCCUGUCCCCUACCGAUGACCCAGAGAGAUGCAUUCCUCUGCAGAGAUACCUCACUCCUAGUCCUUUCGAGAACAUCAUCGAGGAGGUGAUCCAUCCCUGUAAUCCAAACCCAUGUCCCAGCAACCAUUUGUGUGAAGUAAACAGAAAGGGCUGUCAUCCAGGUCAAGACUGCAAGCCUUACUUCUGUGUGCCUGGCUGCAAACUGGGUGAAGCGUCCGAGUUCCUAGUGCACAUGGAGGCUCGGAUCCAGAUUCCAGUGCGCAGCGGUCAGGCCGGCUGUUACGAGGUGUGCACCUGCGGGCAAAGUGGCCGCCUGGAAAACUGCGCCGAGAUGCCGUGCACCGACACCACCAAGACGUGCGCCGUCGGAGGACAGAGGAAAAGUCAUGGAGCGUCUUUCAAAAUGGACUGUAAGUCCUGCUUUUGCUACGCUGGAGAAACCAUCUGCUUCCCACCACAGUGCCCCAGUCUAGACAACUCAGGCGAGUCCCGCCGGGCAUUUACAGGUCUUCCAUGUGGCUGUCCCGAUCAUUUUGUGCCAGUGUGCGCCCGUAAUGGACGCACGUACCCCAGUGCCUGCAUAGCACGCUGCAUGGGCUUCCGAGACAAUCAAUUUGUGUUUGGCUCCUGCAGGAGCACAGGACCCUGCUCCCCUAACCCCUGCCAGAGAAACCAGAGGUGCAUCCCUAAGCGGCGUGUGUGUCUGACGAAUACGACAGACUUCCCGUGUCUGCAGUACCAGUGUGUGAGCCGACCUUCCAGCUGCGACCAGAACCAGCUGGAUCCGGUUUGUGACACGGACAACAUGGAGCACACGAACCCGUGUCUGCUGUACCACAGCGGCAAAACCCUGGCGUACAUGGGUCACUGUCAGGAUGCCUGCAGGGUAACACAGGAAGUGUGUGGACACAACGGCGAGACUUACAAUACGGUGUGCGAGGCGUUUUCUGACCGCGUGGCCGUGGAUUAUCAAGGCCGCUGCCAUGCUUUGGGUUCUGUGUCAGGUUUCCCGUCUGAUUCAGGCUGUAACGGCGUGCCCUGUCCUCCUCUCUCUGCUGCAGGGUGUAACCCCAUCACUCCACCUGGUGCAUGUUGCCCGGUGUGCGCCGGGAUGUUGCAGAUCCUCUGGAAUAAACAGCAGAUGAAUGUCUUUGCCAAGCUGAACCAGAAUCAGCCGGUCUCAGUGCAUGACAUCCUGAGAGUCCUGCGUCUGCACGUCUCUGUCCCUCAGUGCGAUAUCUUCGGCUACCUGAGCGUCGACUCUGAGAUCGUCAUCCUCAUCAUACCUGUGGACCAGCAGCCCACACCACUGCAGAUUGAAGCCUGCAGCAAAGAAGCCGAGAAGAUUGACUCUCUCAUUAACUCGGGCAGUCCUACGCUGGUGUCCCACGUGCCCCUGUCCGCCUUCCUGACCUCCGAGCUCAAACUGUCCACCGUCAGCUCUGCUGCUGCCCCCGGCACCUCUUCCCUCUGUGUGUCCACCUGUCUCUCUCUCUGUCUCCUCCUCACAUUCCUGCUGUCCAAGCUGAACUGUCGCUGCUGAGCAACCAGCGGACCCGCGAGUGACCUUUGACCUUCCUCGCCUCGUUCCUGUAGAAGCCCCAGUCUGCAUAGCCUUGACAAUCACAGAAACGCCAAGCUGACGAGAACAAUCACUCGAAACAUGACGGCACAAUGAGCAUGAUGGACAGUUGAGCUGUAUUCCUGUCGAGGGUAAGCUGUAUCCAGUCAUGUUAUUCGUUUUUUUUUUUUACAGUGACGGAGCAAAGAGCCCUCAGAAAGGAUGAGGAAUAAAGAUGGAUAGAGUGAGAUCUCCAAAUGAAUUUCUGGCUCUGGUGCUCCUCUCUGCUGCCUUUCACUGCCGGUUCACUGGAGCGGACACUUCUGAACAGUGUCCGUUUCACACACCUCAUUUUCCAGAUAAGAACUGAAGGAACUCAUCAGCGCAAGUGGAGAGGGCUUUCUACCCCAAAAUGAAAGGGAUCUUUCUUCAUUCCUCUCUGUAUAUAAUUUAAUAGACCUAAAAAAGGAGAAACUAUAGCCAUCCUUAGCCGGUUUUACACUGUGCGAUUUCAGCAGCUUUUGAAGAUUUUAUUACUCGUCACACUGCAUGAAAUUAUCCUAGCAAUAUCGGCUGAAUUCUCUGACAGGCUCACACAAUUCCAUGAUAAGAUCCUCUAACCAUUUUAAUGGAGCAAUUGCUUAACCGCUGCAUUCUGCUUACCAGUUAGUGCAGAAGACGAGAAACAUGCCUGAAAGUAUGCUUCUAAGCUUGUGGUGAUGAGCAUCUUUUCUCUGUCCAUUAUAUGUUGGUUUUGUUUAUGUCUCACUAAUGCCGUUUUACCAGAACCUUGUCGUCUCUGGUUGUAGCAGUGCUGACCAAUCAGCUUGUUAAUAUGAUGCAUUCAAAAUAUAUUGGUGUUACACUUGCUUUAAAGUGUGCGUUCACGUUCAAGAUAUGGCCGCCGUAAGCACAUAUCCUAAGCUUAUGCACGUCUUGUGCAGUCACAUGGUAAAGAUGGUUGAAAUAUGGAUUAAUUUCUUUAGAAUGGAAGGUUUACGAUUUGAGACUCAUGACAACAAUCAGAACAAAAUUUGAGCAGAGCUUGGAGUGUUGAAAAUCGCUUGCCUUUUAUGGGUUGACGUAGAGCGUUUUCAUCCAAGCAAUCCAACCAAACGAUCCAACCUGUAUAGCAAUGCAUGAUGGGAACUGCAUUAUGUAGCAUGUUUGGUUAGCUAAUGACACACAUGAUGUAUUGCAGGUCAACAUGUCUGAUAGAUCGUAAGUGAACAAAACACAAAAUCAAAGCGCGACUCUCCAGCGUCAUCUUAUCUCUCUUAUUUGGAGCGAGAGAACUGAAGAAUCCUCAGUUCUUUAUAAAUGAUAGCAACUAGAGCUAAAAAGAAAGGUACAAUAAGCUCACAGAGCUGCUGGCUGUAAAGCUUAAAGGAUGGACGUUAUGAGCAAAACGUAAACAGACUCGCUCUGACCUAUGAGAGGACAGUUUACUGACAUGUGACUCACAUAAACACAUCUUGGUACGCUUUGAAUCGAGCCAAAGAGGAAAUGAGGAUCCCCUGUUUCGGAUCUACAGGGCUGAAAACAAUCCAGCUGGACGAUAAAGUGGCAUCUAGUGGAUGUAGCUUUUAAUCCUCCAGAUGUACAUAAAGUACACAGGUUACUAAGUGACCAGUGCUGCUCACUUCACUGCUGCUUUUCUACACGUCAAGCAUAAGACAGACGAUCUCAACUCAUGACAGAAAAUUUUUUUUUACACCAUACAACAGCAGAAUCAGCCUGAAACCCGUCCAGUGUAAACCCGGCUUUAACGAAUAUGACAAUCAUAUCCACAAUUGGGUAAUCACAACAGUAUGCCUUGUUUAUAUAGAUUAUAUAUGUAAAGAUUUAUUAUAUGAAGUAUUGCAAAAAAUAAUAAUAAUAAUAAUAGCUAUUUGUUUAUUUUAAGUUUUCUGACCCGGAGGUCGGAGCCACAAUGUGCCAUUUUUUUAAAUCUAAAAAUAUUCUUGCAUGAUGACAAUUAUGAAGUGUUUUUACAGAAAGCUUUUGUAUCGUUCUGUCCUGUCCUGUCCUGUUCUGUCCGUGUCUGAUUACGUGUCAUCUCUGCCUAUUGUCGAAUGAAGGAUUUUCCUUUUUUUAUCAGUAUUAUCGUGCUUUGGGCAGCUUUGUAGCAUUUCCACUCAGUGGAGCUUUGUGCUCUUUUAUGUUUGUGUGUUUGCAAUUCAACUGAUGUAUUUUUAUAAGAUAAUAAUAAAAACUGUUCAUACUGCCAAGUGUAAAUCCUA